GAAGUGCUUUCGUUUGCCCAGCCCUUUCUGCUCCCGUUGAAAUGCAAACGCGCACUCCCAUACACUUGGAAAUAUAUUGCUCGGAGGUUGUUGUAGGUGUUAGACUUUGGUGUUGAAAAACAAGUAGUUGACAAGAGAGUCUGUAUUCGACUUGUGACUCAUGUAAGUUACGAAGGUGUGGGAAACCCUGCUGCCUGGAACCCCCAAUGAACUAUGGGAGAAUGUUCACACGUCCUCUGUCGCUGGGAAGGCCGCCUAUGGCCGGCCAAGGUUUUGCCCAAACCUGAUCGGAAUUUCCGCAGAAGAAAGGACAUGGAAGUGGAGAUAUUGGGCGAAGAGAAGAGAGUGCGGAUCGCGGAGAAAGAAACAUGGCCACUGACUCGGGAUGGGAUCGAUGCUCUCUGUCACCAGCUGGGUCAAUCGGUGGCUCGGCCCAUGGAUGAGUUGAGGUACCGCAAGGCUCUACGUUUGGCCCUGAACGUUUUCUCUGCUGAAAGCUCCCCAUCUCCUUCCCCUGGGGGGUCGCCACGGCGAUCCUACCGCCUUAACCCCGCCUCCAUCAUGACACUCUGCCCAGUGCUGCCCCCCCGGCCGCCUGGCUCACCAAAGAUGGCCGCUCAAACUGUGACAAAGGCGCGCAGUACACCGGCAGGCCAGCAGGGUGCAGCAGUGAGCAGCAGCAAGGCGGGGGAGAGCACAGGCAGAAAGCAGCCCCUGCGUCUGCAGGGCGGGGCGAGGGCGGGGAACAGACGCGCCUCGCCCAGUCCCUCGCGGGUGAAAAGUGGGCGGCGCUCACACGGAAACAGGAAGCAGAGGAAGGGGAAGGACCCCCACCAAAGCCCCCCCAGCAGGGAUGGGCAGCGGAGCGGCGUGAGCGUGGAGGAGAGUCACUCAGACCUGGGGGGGUGUGACACUGCAGAAGCCACGCCUGCUGCCACAGCCACGCCCUCGUCGAGGUGGACCAGCCCCGUCAGGGGGAGAAGCAGCAGACUGGCCUCCUCCUCAUGCGAUGCUGCAGCAGACACGGGCGCUGCGCUCCCCUCCCCUGUGAAUGGUGGUUCGGACCCGGGGCUCAGCACUCCCAAGCGACCCAGGCCCCGCCCCUUGCAGAAACGCUGGCUCAGCUCCACGCCGAGGGACUGUGACCGCCCCUGCCCCUCUGGGUCACCUGAGUCUGCACCUGCAGAGGAACUAACAGAGCAGAGGGUGGAGUCAGAGAUGAAGCUACGCCAGAGGAAGAGCAGGAACCAGGUGGGGGGGGCCAGGCAGGGGCGUGGCCAGCUGAAGGAGAGGAGAGCCCAGAGGAAAGGGGGGUCCUCAGACACUCCCCCAGCUGCUAAGCGCAGGAAGGGGGUCCGUGUGGAGGCGGAGCUAACUGCCACUAACCCCGCCCAGUCCUGUGGGUCUGACGUCCAGCCUCCUGCACGCCACAGAGCCAGAUUCGAACCUGCGGAGGAGUCGGAGGGCCCAGGUGAGACUUCCCUGUCCUCUGACCUGUCCAUCAAGUUCAGCUUUCUGGAAGACUCCACCCCCUUAGACUCCUCCUUCCUGCAGGAGGAGGUGGAGGAAGAAGAUGAAGGCGAGGAUGAGGAGCUUCCGAGCUUCCUCCUGCAAAUGGAGAAGAAGCCCCUGUCCAUCACUGAGGGGAUCUGUGUGUGGUGCAAGCUCAGGAACUACCCCUUCUGGCCAGCCAUGGUCAAAAGCGUCAAUCGCAAACGGCGGAAGGCCAGCGUGGUGUUCAUCGACAACCUGCUGCUGGACCAGAAGAGGAGUCACAAGGGCAUUUGUGUGUCCUUACGCACAUUAAAACCCUUUGACUGUGAGGAGAUGGAUGAGCUGGUGGACAAGGCACGAGAAAAGUACGACACUGCCAUUAGCUGGUGCCUGAAUCUCAUUCGUGACUACCAAAUCCGGAUAGGCAGUGGAUUUACGGGCUCUUUCAUGGAGUAUUUCGCCGAUGACAUGAGCUGCACAGUCCGCAGGACGGGAGGUGGUGAGGUCACCUUCCCCACCAAGCUGGACGAAGAGGAGGAGGAGGAGGAGGAGGGCGUGGCCACGGGCGAGCAGGGUGUAGCCAGCAGUCCUGAGGGCGAGCAGCGGCACUGCAAGCUGAUGCCCGACAGGGAGAAGGCUGCCCGCGAUCGUGCCAACCAGAAGCUGGUGGACUUCAUCACCCAGAAACGGGGUCCUGAGGAGCACCUGCUGGCGGUGAUCAGCGGGCGUGAGUCAUCCAAGUGGCUACGCGCCUUCCUGACGGAAAGCCAGUCUGUGACGGUGGUGUACCUGGAGGACUACCCGCAGGUGGACCAGGUGUUCUGCUACUUGUUACAGGUGUACAGGACCGCCCCCUGCGUGGCACCCUGUCUGGCACAGGUGGACGAGGUCCGGUUCAUCACAGACGUGCUUCUACCUGAGGCUAUCAUCCAUGCCAUUGCAGCGGUUGAGAAAUUGUCUCUGAAACAGGCUGAAAACAGAUACUUACAGGGGGCCUGCAAAAGUGAAAGGGAGAGGGCGGAGUUUAACCUGAUGAUUGAGCAGCAAAUGAAGGAAGAAGCUAAAAAUCAGCGACACAGAGAGCGAGAGGAGCUCAGUUAAGACGUACGCAAACUGCACCCAUAUGCAUGUGCAGCACUUACACUAACACACACACUCACUAACACAACUACACACACACACACAUACACUCACUCACUAACACACCUACACACACACACUAACACACACACUCACUAACACAACUACACACACACACACAUACACUCACUCACUAACACACCUACACACACACACACACACACUCAUUAACACAACUACACACACACACACACACACACACACACACACUCACUAACACAACUACACACACACACUCACUAACACACACACAUACACACACUAACACACCUACACACACACACACACACUCACACUAACACACACACACACUCACUCACUAACACACCUAUACACACACACACACACACACUAACACACAUACACACACACAUACACACACACACUAACACACCUACACACACACACACACACAUACACACACUAACACACCUACACACACACGCACACACACUAACACACCUACACACACACACACACAUACACACACUAACACACCGACACACACACACACUCACUCACCUACACACACACACGCAUACACACACUAACACACCUACACACACACACACACACCUACACACACACUAACACACCGACACACACACUCACUCACACACACACACACACACACCAGAUUUAUUGUCAAUUCUGUCAGCUUCAAUCCGUUCAGGAAAUGAAUUGCAAUCCUGUUCAUUGAUUGGCUGUGCUUCACCUGGGUUUUCAAUUAAUGAGCUGCAUUGAAUAAAUUGAAAUGGAAUUGACCUCUGACACACAAGCACACACACACAUAUGUACAUACAUUCACACAUGCCCAAACACACACACACACACACACAUACAUACAUACAUACACACACACACACACACUCACACUUACACACUCAUACACACACACACACACACACUCACACACACACAUACAUAUGUACACACCCACUCAUGGAGUGGUAUUGCAUGGGAUUUUUCACAUCCUGCCUAAAAAAAGAUGACUCUCUUUGUUUACCUCUUUGUCCAAGAGCGAGCUGUGCCUUUAGGGUGUGUACCUGUGCUGCACCUGGAACAUGCGUUUUAUCUGUCAUGUAAUAACUGAUAUUAUAUCGCUGUAAUGUGAACAAAAGCUUAUUUUAAAAUAAAAAGUGUUUUUCCAAA